AUGACGCGCUCCAGCGACGCGGUUCUAAAGCUCUUUAGCGACCAAGAGCGCACAGCAACAACCAUCAAGCUCAAGAACCCGAAGAAAGUCGGAAAGAACCAUCAGACCUGGAAACAACGCGCCGACCAGCUGGAGCAGCAAGAUAAUACGCCCUCCGCAAAAUCCCCCGGUAUCACGCAACUCGACGACCACGAUCUCCUCACCUUCCCUACCCUCCGCCCGCUCGAAGACAACCCGGAAUACGGCCUGUGCCGUGUCUGCAAGAAGCCCGUCAUCAAGAGCGUCGCAGCACAGCAUCUCAAGGCAUGCCAAAAGGCAAAGAAUGACAAGGCCAAGGAGCGCAAGAAGGCCAAGGAGGCCGCGGCGAGAGAGGAGGGUCGCAAGGAUGCCGGCGGGGACGAUGAGGGGAGUGUAGUUGGUGAUCUCCCGCCGCCGCCGCAGGCGACGCAAAAGAAGGGUGCCAAGAAAAUGGCGAAGAAGGAGGGAGAUGGGGCCAAGAGCAAGAAGAGGAAGGCUGAUGAACCUAAGUUGCCGAAAGAACCAAAGGCCAAAAAGAAGAAGGAGAAGCCGGCAAAGACGGAGAAACCAAAGGCUCCCGUCGACGUCGAAAAACAAUGCGGUGUCCAGCUGCCCAACGGUGCCCUCUGCGCCCGCUCACUGACUUGUAAAUCCCAUUCUAUGGGCGCUAAGCGUUCCGUCCUCGGCCGUUCCCAGCCAUACGACGUCCUCCUUGCUGCCUACCAGAAGAAGAACCAAGCCAAACAACAAAAAGCGGCAAUCAACGCCGGGGCCCCACCACCUGAUGAAAUCGAAGCCAACGCCAUCCCGGUUGACUCCGACGAAGAAACCGAGCUUGUCAUGGCCGCCGUGGCACGCUCAUGCCCGCAGCCCAUCGAGCGUCACAUCCUCGUCCCCGUCAAGAGAAAGUACCAGUAUGUCCGUAUGCGUGAGAUGCUCGCCGGGGCACUCAGGCCCCUCGGUGGGUACAACAACACCAACGGGGACGGCGGCGGGCUCUUUGGCGGCGGCGGUACACCCCAGGCAGUGGCUGGUGGGCAGCAGCCGCCACGAGGAUUUCCGCCCGGCGCUGGACUGCAGAGGAAGGGGAGUGUGAAUAUCGGCGGGGCCUCUUAG